AAAUAAGCCGAGAGAAAUAGGUAACUUCUCCCUAUUAUUCGGCCACACGUUGGAGUUCUUUGAUGGGAAGAACUCGAUAAAUAGCAGCGGCACUUUGGCUCUUGUUUUCAUCCCCGAGUCUGCUCCUCACUAUCAGUAUACACACCAUCAAAUUGAGUGAAGAGAAGGGCUUGGAAGAGCAAAACAAGUAGGGCAGUGGGCUGUGUUCUUCAAGGAAAUGGCUGGAGUUGUUCAACCUGCGAAUGUUUCUGAUAUGAAAUGUGACAUUCCCGAAUUAAGGGGUGAUAACUAUAAGGUUUGGAAGGAGCGCGUUCUCCUUCAUUUGGGCUGGAUGGACAUUGACUAUGCUAUAAGGAAAGACGAACCACCGGCUAUAACGACCAAAAUAUCUGCUGGUAUCCGUGGUUCUGUCGAUCAGAAUACUAAAGUCAAGGACCUUUUGAAGGCUAUUGAUGAGCAAUUUGCUACAUCGGAUAAGGCCCUUGCCAGCACCUUAAUCAUACAGUUCUCAACCAUGAAGCUUACUGGGAUAAGAGGCGUGCGUGAACACAUCAUGCGCAUGAGGGACAUAGCGGCUCAGUUGAAAGCUUUGGAGGUAACCAUGUCGGAUGCUUUUCUGGUUCACUACAUCAUUUACACUCUUCCACACCAAUAUGCUCCUUUUAAGAUCUCCUACAACACACAUAAGGAAAAAUGGUCAAUUAAUGAGCUACUGACCAUGUGUGUUCAGGAGGAGGAGAGGUUGAUGAUGGAAGAGGGUGAGCGGGUGAACUUGACUGUCCAUGAAAAGAAAAAGAAGGAUCAUGCCAAAGGUAAAGGCAGCAUCCCUCCAAAGGCAGUCAUUAAGAAAGAGUCAAAGUGUUUCUUUUGUAAGAAAAAGGGACACAUGAAGAAAGAAUGCUCUAAAUUCAAGAGCUGGCUCGAAAAGAAAGGGUAUGGAAAACCUAAGGAAACCAGUGGCAAGUGAACAAUGCAUCUAUUCAGGAGGAAGAAUAAGUUCACAUGUUGAAGCCAUUGGGACAUGCAAUUUAGUUUUAAGCAGCGGUUUUAUUUUACGAUUGGAAAAGA